UUAAGGAGGAGAAUGUCGUGAUCUGAUUUCCAUUUUAAAAAGAUCCCUUGGACUGCUGCAUCGAGAAUCGACUACAGAGGAUGUGUUCUUUGUGGCUGUGUUUUAAAUGCCAGACCAAUAUUCCCUUUACUGGGGAGGGCAGCACUGAGGCUCUCAUUUUCCAGAAGCAAAGAUGGGGUCUAAGGAUGUGUUUGUCCGAGAAUUGUCUCUAAUCCAUGGGCUGCUUCUCCUGGCCAUCACUCUCGAGGGACAGCGUACUGGUGUCCAGCACAUAGCUGGGAUUUCAGAAAGGACUUAGUCUAUGAACCAGGGAAACUAAAAAUACUUAAUCAAUGAAGUUUCUGUGGUGGGUGUGUAUUUUCUUUCUAGGUAUGCUUCAUCCUAGAUAAAGCAACCCCCCCCACCACCACUUUUGAAAGUUGGUUGCAUUCUACACAUUCUUUAGCCUCUGGAGGAGAGAUUUAUUUUGUCAAGUCUGGAUGCCAUUUGAAAGGCAAACCUUGGAUACAAGAAAAGCUACAGUCUUCCUCCCCUCCCAGAGCAUCCCCCUUUUCUCACUCCCCUUCCCCCAUUCUCCCAUUAUUUACUGGAAGGAAUCACACUGCUUUUCUCCUACCUCUAGUCUCCUGUCCUUGGCUGCCCCUUGACUUCAACCCCAAGUUGCGUAUGUCAUCAGAACGCCCAGUGGCAGCUCAGAAAUCAUGGCCAGGUUCUCAAUAUAAAUUCCAUCUUGCUUAGGCAGCUUUGCAUAAUAAGUCCCUGAAAAAUCUUCACCAGAGCAGAUGCCGGAAAAGGGAUUUAUUGGGUCUAGCGGGCCUGAACGUCAGACUGAGCGGCAUUUCAAGUCACGAUGGGAGUUUUAGGGUUCAAAUUCUUCGUUUGACUUGACUUUUGCAAGGCGAUACCCCCGUUCCCCAGGUGCCUUUCCUGUGAUGUUAGGAAGGUCAGAGUCGCCUCCAGAGUGACCGCCCUAAGGAAGUCAGGAUCUCCGUACGGUUGUCUUGACCAGGCCUUGUGGAUGUUUUGUGAGAGAUGCGGACUUCUGUGGGACUCGUCUGCUGCAGGCUCGGGGACCAGUUCUACAAGGAGGCCAUUGAGCACUGCCGGAGUUAUAACUCGCGCCUGUGCGCAGAGCGCAGCGUGCGUCUCCCAUUCCUGGACUCGCAGACCGGGGUGGCCCAGAACAACUGCUACAUCUGGAUGGAGAAGAGGCACCGAGGCCCAGGCCUCGCCCCGGGCCAGCUAUACACGUACCCUGCCCGCUGCUGGCGUAAGAAGAGACGAUUGCACCCACCUGAGGAUCCGAAGCUGCGGCUGCUGGAAAUAAAACCUGAAGUGGAGCUGCCUCUGAAGAAAGAUGGGUUCACCUCAGAAAGUACCACCCUGGAAGCCUUGCUCCGUGGCGAGGGGAUUGAGAAGAAGGUGGACACCAGGGAGGAGGAAAACAUCCAGGAAAUACAGAGGGUUUUGGAAAAUGAUGAAAAUGUAGAAGAAGGAAAUGAAGAAGAGGAUUUAGAAGAAGAUAUUCCCAAGCGGAAGAAUCGGACCAGAGGACGGGCUCGCGGCUCUACAGGUGGCAGAAGGAGGCACGACGCCGCCUCUCAGGAAGACCACGACAAACCUUACGUCUGUGAUAUCUGCGGCAAGCGCUAUAAAAACCGGCCGGGACUCAGUUACCACUACGCUCACACCCACCUGGCCAGCGAGGAGGGGGAUGAGGCCCAAGACCAGGAGACCCGGUCCCCACCCAACCACAGAAACGAGAACCACAGACCCCAGAAAGGACCGGAUGGGACAGUCAUUCCCAAUAACUACUGUGACUUCUGCUUGGGGGGUUCUAACAUGAACAAGAAGAGUGGGAGGCCGGAAGAGCUGGUAUCCUGUGCAGACUGUGGACGCUCUGGUCACCCCACCUGCCUGCAGUUCACCCUGAACAUGACCGAGGCUGUCAAGACCUACAAGUGGCAGUGCAUAGAGUGCAAAUCCUGCAUCCUCUGUGGGACCUCGGAGAAUGAUGACCAGCUCCUCUUCUGCGAUGACUGUGACCGCGGCUACCACAUGUACUGUUUAAAUCCCCCAGUGGCUGAGCCCCCAGAAGGGAGCUGGAGCUGCCACUUAUGCUGGGAACUGCUCAAAGAAAAAGCCUCAGCCUUCGGCUGCCAGGCCUAGGGCCCCAGGUCACAGAAUGGGGCUUGCCGCCGGAGAGGCUGAAGCAGAGCCCAGUUCAAAUCAGAUCGAGCCCCUACUCCCGUAUUUCCAGACAGACCAACUGCAAGGAACAUCAGUAACCACACAGGGCGUGGACACGUGGAACCGAGGGGGCGAGACAUCUGCUGAACUCCUACACACAGGUUUCCGUUCUUCAGCCAGCCCCUCCUGUUUCUGCCAGAAAGAUCGUAAACUUUUGAAGAAGGACCCCAGCCACAGCCCUGUGGACCCCCCUCACAUUUACCUUAGCACUGCGGCCCUCUCACUGGUUCCCAUUUAAGGAGCCACUGGUCCCAUUUUGUGACCACCCAUCAGUCACUCAUGCGUGGUUUGGUGUUUCCUAUCUAUUGUGUUCCAAGAAAUCUUCGCACAGCCUCCCUGCCCCCAGCUUCGCCUCUUCAUCCUGAACCCAGCAGAGGAGCAAAGAGCUGUGGAGAAGGUUUUAUUUAUUACAAGUCCCGCUGGAAACUCCUAGACUCGGAACCUAGAGGCUGUCUAGACGAUGGAGCCCUGAAAUCCCUCCUUGUUCCUUGGUCCCUGUGAAGAGGAAGAGCUGCUUCCCCAGCAGAUAUCCAGUGGCAUCCACAGCCAGGGCGAUCUCUUGAUGGGGCUGGGGAGGGAGGGGGAGGCCCUGAGGGGUGGACGGAAAUGUUGUGAAGAUAAUUCUGAGGCCCCGCCAUAGCCAGUCAGUAUUUGCUGUCCAUCAGGAACGGCCUGGCAAGGCACCGGACCUUCAGAGCUGGGGCAUCCUUGAGGAGAGACAGGCCACAGCCUGUGGCAGAGGAAGAGACCAAGACCCUGCCUUCCACUCAGCCUGGGUCUGGAGCUUUCCCUGUGGGACUCAAGAACCAGGAAGGUGAGUGAAGGCUGCCAGGUCAAGAAUCUGAAUGUUGGUCCCAAGGACUGCAGCUCUGAGAAACCCUUCAGUAUUGAUGUGACACCACGAAUUCCUUUUCCCAAGUAAUUCCUUCCUUCCACAUAGUGUAUGUUUGCCAUUGUCUACUGAGACCUGACUCUGGAAAUUUCAGGAUGGGGGAGAAAUGAUUGUUCCCUAAACAAAUAAUUGGGGUGAUGUGAUUAUUUACGACCAGGGCGACAAUCACGCAGAAGCUUCAGCUCGAGGGCUGCUCUUAUCUCCUAAGCUCCCCAGUACAUGCUGGACUCUCCUUUUGAGAAGCCAGAGGUGGGGAGGCUCAGUUCCCAGAAGUCUGUGUUGGAAGUCAGCCCUGUGGGCUGGAGCGGACCGGGCUGCCUUUGACUUGCCGCAGCAGUGGCAACAGCAGCAACACAUAAAAACUGACACAUUUCUGGAAAAAUCAUUUGCCUAAAGGACAGGUCUCAGUGAGCAGGACCCUGGCGCACGCUCAGCUUCCUUGACAUCAGCUCCAUCUCUGUGGUCUGGCUGCUUACAACAAAGGCCCAAGUUAUUUUUAGUCCUUCAGCUCCUGAAGAAGCCCCUGGAGCCCCAGAGGCUCUGGCCGCUUGGGCUACCUCUGCCGGGCUGCGGCCUUCUCGCCGAGACUUGGCAAGAGCCCUUCUUCCUGGCUAAUUGCUCUUGGCCGGCAGACCCGGGGCAGCCUGGCGCACAGCCGAGCUGUGCUGGUCUCCCCCAGGUCCUCUACGGGGUGACCUGUGGCCAGCGACGGGAGUCAGUCUCCUGCAGGAGCCUGUGGCCUUGGAGGGGGUUCCAUGCAUACAUAAUGACCUCGUUUAAAGGGCCUGACCAGAUGAGAUUUUCAUCUUCCUCAUGAGAUAUUUCCUUCCCCCUGCUGGUUGGUGAACCCGUUUUGGAUUCCGGAGGCCCAGGGAGGGUCUGGGAAGUUGCUACGUGGUCGCAUCGUCCAUUUACCCCGGGCGGGUCAUAUCAGAGGGCCAGAUUUCCUCUCCUGACCACUCCGGCUCUCUGUCCUCCCACAAAACCCAAAGUGAGCAUCCUCAAAGGCUGGUUAUUGGUUCUGAAAAAUCACCUUGAUUUAAUUUUAGGAAAAAAGUCAUCAAAAUGUUCUCAAAAGCCACAAAUGGCUUAAAAGUUAAAAAAAAGCAAAUCUGAAACCAAAAUAGUGACCCUACAAGUGACAGACCCUGUUUGGAGUGUGUGCAAAUCUGUUCCCCACCUCAACGCAAAUGAUGGGGUGGCUCUGUUCUCUCUCCAGCCACACUUGCCGCCACAGAAGCUGAGAGGGUAGGAUUGGGUCUCGCAGACCAAGGACGGUGCUGUAACCUUCCACAGAGAUGAGGGUGGCCAGGAGUCUGGACCAGACAUCAGGAAGGCCCAUAGUUCCCUUCCCAGUUUCACUCCCUGAAGGAUGGGCCCAACCCCUUCUUCUUUGGAGACCUCAGUUUCCCCGUCUGGAAAAUGGGGACAGCAAAUCCAGCUUGUGAGAUGGCACUUGCAGGAUACUGCAAGCAAACAGAAGUCAUGGUCACAUUUAUCACCUUCUGUAUUGAGAAAAGGAAAGUGUUGGUCAACAAUUGCUCUUUCUUUGAGCCCCAGAGAAUGAACUAGAAUCACAGGGUGCACAUGGAUGGUCAGGGUUUUCGUUUUGCCCCUGCCAUUGAGUAGCUGUGUGACCUUGGGCAAAUCACUUAACAUCUCUGAACCUCAGUUUGCCCAGCUGUGAAAUGGAGAAAAUACUUGUCCUGCCUGUCCCACAGUGACAUCAGGAGUCUUAAAAAGCAUAAUGUCAUAUAAAUCAUCACUGGAGAGCUGGGCUUGUCAAGUAGGGACCCCAAAUGAUUUCUACACCCCCUUUCUUGUGUGAGUUAGCCAAGGUUAGACGCCUUCUUGGAAUCUCCAUUUUGACCAAAGGGGGUUUAUAUUUUAAGGAAGAGGCUGCCUGUGGUCAGGGCCACUAGGUCAAGCUGUGACAAGAAAACUGUGACUGAGCAUGGAUCUGUGGUGGAAGGUGAGAGAUCUAUCCUGGGGCUGGGGAUUUCAGAAUGAAGAUGCUCCCUUCUGUAAGGUCAACACAGCCUAGAAUGGGGUGCUAACUUCUGGAGAGGGCUGUAAUUCAGCUCAGUGUAACAGUCACUUAAAAACUUUGGUUUAAAGCCCAGCUCUGUUAGUUUCUAGCUGGUUGACCUCAGGCAAAUGACUUAACCUCUCUGAGCCUCAUUUCCCACAUCUGUGAGGCAGGGAGAUAUGGCUUCUCCGGCAGGGAUUUUGCGGGGACAAGAGGUAAUGCUGCUGAAGGUCCGGGCAUGGGCCCUGGCGUGGGGAGGGACCCACACCUUGGUAGCUCUGGUCACUGGGUCCAGAGGCCACCACGUGGAGAUAAUGGUGCUGUUGCCUCACAGCUCAAACCCUGGGAACAGCCAGGGUGCCUUUCUUCUGCUUCACCCCGAUGUUGUGGCUCCCGCCGACCAGAGAGGAGGUGAGGCUGCGGGAUCCCAACCGGAAGUUGAAACCCUCUGUUUCCUGUGGGUAUUUUUGAAACUGCUUUUCGGGCCUGUAGCAAAUCCAGUUGGAGGCACUGGCGUGAGGAAUUAGAGACAAGGCCCCUGCCAGGAGAUUUACCUUCCUGCGGCUUUCCUUCCAAACCCCCCACGGGCUCAGAGCCCCUAAGGCAGGAGCCAGCAGGUCCCAAUGAGCCCCUGCUCCUGUCAUUGCCCCAGGGUCAGGUAGGGAGCCAGGCAGGCCUAGGAGAGCAGCUGCUUCCCCAGACUCAGCGCAGGCCGUCUGGGACCACGUAGCCAGCCCGCGGGGGUGGGGGAGGGAGGGAGGCCAGAUUCCUUCAGAGCUGGGGAAGAUAACAGGUUUUAAGGUUGGGGGAGGGUUUGGGUUUCACAGUGAUGGUUGCAUGAUACCCUGGAGAGUUACACUCAUGGUGCAUCUUAUUUAGUCUUUGUGCUUUGAACACAGCAUGAUUCCUUUUGGCCCUUUCCUUUAAAAGUUCAGAUAUUUUAAGGAAGAAAAAUUAGAGGAUUAUUAUUACUUUUCCUAUGGGGGCAAGUUUAGGAGAGAGAUCUACGCUCUUGAAGAAAGAUUAUGGGCACACUUAGGCUUCCAGACUCAGAGAAGAGGGCCCCCUAGUAUUCUCUUUGAGUCGUGUGUAGGGGGUUGGUGGGGAGCGCUGAGGACCACCCACCUUCCCUGCCCCUCAGGUGGUUCUCAGACUGAAUGCAGGUGCUGGGACGGCAGCCUCCCUUCCUCUCUCGCUCCUCAACCCCCCAGCCUCUCCCCUGCUGCUCACCGUGGGCCCCUCCUUAGGGCGUGCCCGUGCCCAACCCAAGGGAGACAUGGCUCCCGGGGGGGGGGGGGG